AUGUCGUGCCCUCAGUGCUUUUCUGGACAUAUUAACCCAGGCACUCCCACUAACCCCCCCGACGGCAAGCGUCUGACGGCUGUCAUUGUCAUAAUCCCUGGCGCGUUCGGGGUUGACUUUCUUAACAAUCAGAUUCUAGCGGAUCAUUAUGCUUCAGCUGCGAACUAUCUGGUCUACCUGUCCGAUUUCAUAGAUGGCAAUGCUGCUCCAGUCAGGACAAUGAUCAAUAUGGCACACCUUUGGGAUGAGACCGGAUCUUGGAUAUCCAGACUGUUAGCUCCCCCCAAGCUCGACUUUGUGCCAUUUCUGUAUCGAAACCGCUUCAAUGCAGCCCUUCCUGUUGUAAUUGCAGGUUUCUGCUGGGGUGGACUGCACACUGUCGGACUCACCCACGACACGGAGGAAACAAAAACUGAUAUAGGCAAUUUCACAUGUAAUCUCUCUAUUGCGAUUGGCGACGAUGAUGGCGUAAUGGGAAUGAAGCAAGUGCGGCAAGCCGAAUCAAUCUUGGCAAGUAAGGACGUUGAUACAAGCGUGGUCACUUACCCUGGAGCAAAACACGGGUUCUCAAUUCAUGCGAGCAGGGCGAAGCAAGAUUCAAAGGAGACACGAUAG